AGCGGGCGUGGGGCGCCCUCGUCGAGAGCCAUGGGCGCGGCGCGGUGCCGGGCCGGGGUGCGGCGCGGCCCGGAGGCGCGGGGGCCCGGGGCGCGGGGCCGGGGCCGCCUGUAGCCGGCACCGAGGGCGCGGGCCCGGGGAUGAGGGCGCCCGCGGCGGGGAGCCCGUCUGCGCGCCGCGGCGCCGUCCCGCUCAGCGAGCGAGCCCUAGCAAGCAGACGCGCGGCCGGCGGUCGGGGGGCGCGCCGCCUCCCGGCCCCAAAAAUGUGAAGCGGGGAGGGCGGAGACGCAGAGACGGCCGGGCUGGGCGCCCUCGCCGCCCUCCGGCAGCCGCGCUGUUCGGCUUCCCCGCCCGCCGAGGCCGCGCCGACCCCGCGGGCCGCCGCCGGAGCAGCGAAGCCGCCGAGCCCCCGCGCCCCCCGACCCCCGCCUCCCUCGGACCCGGCUUCGGCCCGCAGCGGGUUCGCGGCCCGGACGCGGCGGGAGCAGGGCCCGGGACGGUGCGUCCGGCCUCGCCCGCGGCUUCUCGCCCAGACAAGUUUGAACAAUGAUCACAGUCAACCCCGAUGGGAAGAUAAUGGUCAGAAGAUGCCUGGUCACCCUGAGACCCUUUCGGCUCUUCGUCCUGGGCAUCGGCUUCUUCUCACUCUGCUUCCUGAUGACGUCUCUGGGAGGCCAGCUCUCGGCCCGGCGCCCUGGGGACUCCCCCUUCACCAUCCGCACAGAAGUGCUGGGAGGGCCGGAGUCGCGCGGCGUCCUGCGCAGGAUGAGCGAGCUGCUGGAGCUCAUGGCGAAGCGCAUGGACGCGCUGGCCCGGCUGGAGAACGGCAGUGAGCCGCACCGGGCUGCCGGCCACGGGCGCUUGGCUGCGGACAGGUUUCCCCCUGGGGCUGGCCUCAUGGAGCGGAUCCAGGCCAUUGCCCAGAACGUGUCGGACAUCGCUGCGAAGGUGGACCAGAUCCUGCGUCACAGCCUGGUCCUGCACAGCAAGGUGUCUGAAGGCCGGCGGGACCAGUGUGAGGCACCCAGUGACCCCAAGUUCCCUGACUGCUCAGGGAAGGUGGAGUGGAUGCGUGCCCGCUGGACCUCUGACCCCUGCUAUGCCUUCUUCGGGGUGGACGGCACCGAGUGCUCCUUCCUCAUCUACCUCAGUGAGGUUGAGUGGUUCUGCCCCCCGCUGCCCUGGAGGAACCAGACAGCCGCCCAGAUGGCCCCCAAGCCCCUCCCCAAAGUCCAGGCAGUUUUCCGGAGCAACCUGUCCCACCUCCUGGAGCUGAUGGGCAGUGGGAAGGAGUCUCUAAUCUUCAUGAAGAAACGGACCAAGCGGCUCACGGCCCAGUGGGCACUGGCUGCCCAGCGGCUGGCACGGAAGCUGGGAAGCGUCUGGAGGGACCAGAAGCAGAUCCUUGUUCACAUUGGCUUCCUGACGGAGGAGUCUGGAGAUGUGUUCAGCCCAAGAGUGCUAAAGGGUGGGCCACUGGGAGAGAUGGUGCAGUGGGCAGACAUCUUGGCCACGCUCUACGUCCUGGGCCAUGGCCUGCGGAUCACAGUGUCCCUAAAGGAGCUGCAGAGUAACUUAGGGGUGCCGCCAGGCCGGGGGAACUGCCCGCUCACCAUGCCCCUGCCUUUCGACCUCAUCUACACCGACUACCACGGCCUACAGCAGAUGAAGCAGCACAUGGGACUGUCCUUCAAGAAGUACCGGUGCCGAAUCCGGGUCAUUGACACCUUCGGGACAGAGCCUGCAUACAACCACGAGGAGUACGCCACGCUGCACGGCUACCGGACCAACUGGGGCUACUGGAACCUCAACCCCAAGCAGUUCAUGACCAUGUUCCCUCACACCCCGGACAACUCCUUCAUGGGUUUCGUGUCCGAGGAGCUCAAUGAGACGGAGAAGCAGCUCAUCAAAGGCGGCAAGGCCAGCAACAUGGCCGUGGUGUAUGGCAAGGAAGCGAGUAUCUGGAAGCUCCAGGGGAAGGAGAAGUUCCUGGGCAUCCUGAACAAGUACAUGGAAAUCCACGGCACCGUGUACUAUGAGAGCCAGCGACCCCCUGAGGUCCCCGCCUUCGUGAAGAACCACGGUCUCCUGCCACAGCCCGAGUUCCAGCAACUGCUGCGCAAGGCCAAACUCUUCAUAGGCUUCGGCUUCCCUUAUGAGGGCCCCGCGCCCCUGGAGGCCAUCGCCAACGGCUGUGUCUUCCUCCAGUCCCGCUUCAGCCCACCCCACAGCUCCCUCAACCACGAGUUCUUCCGAGGCAAGCCCACCUCCAGAGAGGUGUUCUCCCAGCACCCCUAUGCAGAGAACUUCAUUGGCAAGCCCCACGUGUGGACUGUCGACUACAAUAACUCAGAGGAGUUCGAAGCAGCCAUCAAGGCCAUCAUGAGAACGCAGGUAGACCCCUACCUGCCCUACGAGUACACCUGUGAGGGGAUGCUGGAACGAAUCCAUGCCUACAUACAGCACCAAGACUUCUGUGCAGCCUCAGGGCCUGCCCCAGCAGUGGCCCAAGCCCCACCCAGCCCCUUCGUUCUGGCCCCCAACGCCACCCAUCUGGAGUGGGCCCAGAAUGCCAGCUUGGCCCCCGGGGCCUGGCCCCCGGCACACUCCCUCCGGGCCUGGCUGGCCGCUGCUGGGAGGGCGUGCACGGACGCGUGCCUGGACCACGGGCUGAUUUGCGAGCCGUCCUUCUUCCCCUUCCUCAACAGCCAGGACGCCUUCCAGAAGCUGCAGGUGCCCUGUGACAGCACCGAGUCGGAGAUGAACCACCUGUACCCGGCCUUCGCCCAGCCCGGCCGCGAGUGCUUCCUGCAGAAGGAGCCCCUGCUCUUCAGCUGUGCGGGGUCCAGCACCAAGUACCACCGGCUGUGUCCCUGCCGAGACUUCCGCAAGGGCCAGGUGGCCUUGUGCCGGGACUGUCUGUGAGGCCGCCCGCCCGCCCGGCUCCCGGCCACAGGAGGAAGCACCAGCAGAUUCUGAGCUCCAGCGACGGGCCCUCCCCACUACACCCCGGCGCUGGGGCUUCCUUCCAUGGCCAGGAAGCGGGCAGAGCAGACUCAUGCACGGGGUUAGGGGCGGGUUGCGUGCCCACCCCAGGCAGGCUCCUUGACAUCGUCCGGGGACUCGUGGCAGCGUCGUGGCCAGGCAGCUGUGGGAUUGGUCAGAGAGCCCUGGGGCAGGAGCAGGUGGUCGGAGGCCAAUUCUGGACCAGACUGAGGGCCCUGGGGAUGGGGACUCAGAAUGUCCGUGGAGGGAGCAGGGGCGAGGUGCCCGAUGGCUCACCGAAGGGUCCGGGGGGCGGGGAGUGAUGCGUGGGGGUCAGUCUUGUCCCUCUGUGGUUGUUCGGGUAUGGACAAAAGGGACAGGGACUGGAGGACCCUCUCAGCCCCACCCCUCCUGCCUUUGCAGUCUGCCCCUCCUUUCUAUACUUGGGGGGGCACAGUGGGAGUGGGGGCCACCUAGCCCCUGGGUUGAACUCUUUUCCUCCCCUGCUUGGUCCAGCUCUCUCCACUCGGGCUCCUCCCGAAACUCAUCUUGGCAUGACUGCAAUUCCAGGAUUUGUCCCCAGAACCUCCGUCCCUGCCCCAGCAGGCUCUGGACGCUGCCCCCAUCCCCCCAGGUGUCUCGUGUAGGCAAAGGCUUGGGAUGGAGCUUCGGCCCCAUGGCCCACCCAGCCCAGCUCCUGGCGUCCCAGACCCACUAGCCCCCAGGUAGCCCCCACCCCCUCGAUGCUGCCCGUCCCCACCUCCAGCUUCCUCCAGCCUCAAACAGUCAUCUCUGUGUGGCAUGCCUGCCCCGGCCCCAGGAUGCCCCCCUCCCCUCCUCCCCAUGCCCAGAGCCCUGCCUGAUUCAGCGGGUCAGGCCUUCAGAGACACUGCCACCCCAUCUCGUUUUAUAAUCCCACCCGCCCUCACCAGGCAACCCCCUCCCCCAGGCCUGCCCCUCCACCCUGCCAGGGAGGCAGCGCAGGCCCUGAGAACUGGGAGAGGGGAGCCAGCCCUCGCAGGGCUGAGGCGGGGACCCUCCCACCCAAGACCCCUCUCUGGGCCUGGGUGGCCCCUUCGGCCGCAGAAACUCAGUGGUCACCAAGGACCUGACCUGUUGGGGGAAAGCAAUAGAGACACUCUUUUCUCUCUCUCUUUUUUUAAAGAUUUAUUUCUUGAAAUAAUAAAUAUUUUAUUGGGAUGUGA